AAUGAGCUGUACCAUAUGAUUUUGCAUUUAUAAAAUACCUGGUGGUGUUGCCACGAGUGAAACCAGAUUCUCCUCUGGCUAAACUGUAUUCAAAAAUGUGCUAAAAAAACUAGAUUCAAAUUCCUUCUGAUAAUACCGGACUAUCAAUCCAGACGCAGGCGCUCAUUCGUGCCCGACAGUGACGAAUCCAGCUUUUCGUUUCCCUGAUCCCGUAUACUGAAAUCCUACUGCCAUUCCUCCAGUUUCCCCUGUAAAAAAACCGGAAACUCGCAUUUUGUCUUUAACCCUCUAACCCCUCGUUUACGUUUCUCGCCAUUGACUUAAGUUCUUGUGCCCUCUUCAUUAUGAAAGGGUUCAUAUUAGUCUCCUUUAAAGAUAUGGUGACCUAAAUUAUUCAAUUCUGUGUUUUUUUCUAAUAAAAUAUUAUAGUGUGAUAAAUUGCAUUUAUUCGGCUUAGAUUCGGUGCUUCGCAUCAUGUUUUCUUGUUUGUGGCAGAUUUGGGACUGGAUUGAUCCGGGCAAAAUGGACAAAAUUCAAAAGACUCAACCUUUCGAAAACACAGCCUCAUCAAUACAGAAUCAAGACAUAUCACACAACGAAACAGUUUCACAACAACUCCACCAGCACAGUUCCACCAACCAUUUUUACCCCAUGAUCCAUCAACAUGCUCAAGCGUAUAACAAAGGCUACGGACAACCUAUGCAAGCCCCUUUACUACUAAAUAUCAGUAACCAGCACAUUAUCCAAACAACUGCACAUAGGCAUUUUCAGUACUACCCUCAAUAUGGAGUAAAUAUCAACCAGAAUGACUUUCCACAUCAACACAUCCCCAGACAUGUUAAUCAUCAACCGCAGAGUAAUAUAAGCAAUCCUACUCCACCUCCAGUUCCAGCAAUCUCAAGUAGCAACGUUCAAGCACCAUCACAUGACGAACACGUGCAAAAGGUUGCUCCAGCAGAAGUAUUAAAGCAAGAACCCAGUAAAGAGGGUAGUGCUAAAAAGCUUACCCCUGCAAAAGUAAAACCUAAGGAAGGAGAUAAAAUACAAUUAAGGUCACCUCCUGCAAAGAGACCACCAAAUUCCCCGGUCACAAUGCAGGGUUGGCUUCAUAAACAAGGGUCUGAGGGACUCAUGUUGUGGAAGAAACGAUGGUUUGUUUUGUCUGAAUACUGUUUAUUUUAUUACAAAGGCUUGCAAGAAGACAAGGUGCUAGGUUCGAUUUUGUUACCAUCGUAUAAAGUAUCGAUUUGCGGGCCUGAAGAUAAAGUAAACAGGAAGUUUGCGUUUAAAUGCGAACACGCGAACAUGAGAACGUAUAUCUUAGCUGCCGAUUCUCAAGAACUUAUGAAUAAAUGGGUCCAUGUGCUCAGUAUGGCUUGUAAUCUUCAAAGUAACAUAGAGCCACCCAAAGAUCAAAAAAUACCACAAAACAACACUUCUGAACCAAAUAGCUUUAAAAGCAACACUCCCUCAGGUCAAUCAAGUAGUACUUAUGGCAACCAACUGAAUACUUCAGCAAGAUCUAACCCCAUACACCACCACACCCCUAGCAACACUACUGACCUAAGCAACUCUAGUCAACAAGAACUGAAUCAGUACAACCAACCCUUAUAUGCCAAUGCCCCACCUAAGCCUAGAAGAAUGACCGAUGGCUAUUGUUCUCCUGGCCCCGAGAUUUUAGAGCGAUAUCCAUCAUAUCAGAUGUCUCACAGUGGUGCUAAAAGUCCCGUUGAUAUGUAUGGAAGGCAUGUGAUAAAACCCCCUGAGCAAAUAUACAAUGAAAGAAUAUUCCUCGGACCUCCAAAUGUAGAUAGAAGAACGCCUGAUACGUAUGCUAGAAGCAACAUGUCUAAAUAUCGAAACCCCACUGAUUAUGAAGAUAUUUAUACUGACCAUGGAAUAUAUAAACGACCACUUAGUCCAGUAGCACCAGAUAGUAUGCUUAAAAAGGGGUACCCUACUGUAAACGUUGGGUAUCCGGCAGUAAAGGGGUAUGCACCACCUCCACUUGAACUGCUUAGACCCCAGUAUCCUGAACCAGUAUUAAUGCGAAAAUCAAUGGCUCAAACGAUCUCAAGACCUCAUAGUGCAGAUUUCUUAGAAUAUAAGCCGCAGAAACUCGAAUCGAAUCCGUCCGCUACACCAGUAUCUCAACACUCCAGGCCUAAGUCCAGCCUAGAUAUAAAUAUGUACUCUAAAGACUGUGAUACUGCAUCAAGAUCCAAUUACUUCCUGAAUACCGUCGACAGGCAUAACGAUAAGGACUAUUUUUAUUCACAGGAAAAAUAUGCUGAAAAGAUGAGGAAAAGUGCACAGUAUCUUCAAAAGAUGCCUGUAAAAUAUCAACCUGUCGAUCCUAGUCAAAGAAAAUAUCGAGAAAAAUAUGAACUCGAGAUUGCUAAUACGUACGCCUACUCACAACCAUUUAGAGACCAACAGGUGCCAAAUUUACAGCCAGUAAGGUCAAGAAGCGCUUUAAGCGAAGGCUCAUUAUUAUGUGCUCAAGAUGUUGAAGACGAUAGUAUUUCGAGAGAAUAUCCUUUAAGACACGAACACGAUUUACAUCUUAGUAAUAGAAAUCUUGCUCAGGAUCAAUUUACAAGAUCAGCUAGUGCUAGGUUGACUCAGAGUGGCACUUUUGAAGAAACUGUCACUACAAGGAUGGAAGGAGAAAGAAAGAGAGAAGAAUCCAUGAAGAGGCUUCUAGAAUGGAAACAAAGAAUGCUUCAGUCGCCUUUGAAUAGAAAAGCGCAGGCACAAGCUACACGCGGAUACCCUGUAGGAAAAGAAAAUUCGUAUUCUUCUUAUCAAAGUUUUGCUAGUGGUGAUAAGAAGCAAAAGAAGUCUACAAUUACAAAUCGUAGAUCUGUGCACAAUUUAGUGCAAUAUACCAGUUACUCCUCUGAUGACGAAGAAAACGGGGAGAAAUCAAGCAAGCACACACAACAGGCAGGACGGACCGUGGACACAUUUCCGAAUAUUUCUGACUCACAUACACAUGCAUCAUUCACUUCUACCACCGCCUUGAAUCUCCCUGACGAGCCUGCCACAUCCGCCACUUCUUUACUAACUAAUCACAGUGAUGCACCUUCACCUAGUUCUGAUUCUAUACUUGCACAUUUGUCUGUUCCUGAAGAAUUUACUGAUAGUAAUAUCACUUCCGAUAUUAAAGCCAACGGUGCGCUGGUUAAGGCUAUAUUAUCGGAAUUUCAAAUGCCUGAUCCCAAAGAAGCUAUAAUGGAAGGAAAUUAUAUGCCCAUGUCUCCCAAGAAAAAUCUUUUGAGUUCGAAGAGUGAUGCCAAUAGCGAAAACACUAUUAUAUUUAAUGACACCGAAGAAAAUCUUUACGUGGAAAUGACGAGAGCGGUAGGUAAAGGGUUUUUAGAAUCAAACAACUGUGAACAACAGUAUGAGAUGGUAUGUUUCAAUGGAACCAAAGCUGAGCCAGUAUAUAUGGAAGUUCCUGGAAUGCAAUUUGAAGAAUCCACUGAGCAGGAAAAUGAGGAGUUGCCUGAUAUACUUAAAAAUCGCACUAAGGACGAAAAAACUGAUAGCAGUGAUGCUGAUGAUGAGGCCUCUAAAGAUUUAGGAUCUUUGGAAAACCCCGCACAUCCAAGGUUUAGCCUUUCAGAUACAUUUAGGCCAGCAUCAUAUUAUUUGGGGGUCACUAAAAAUGUUCCUGAGUUUCAGGACAGUUCCGAUAGUGAACUAGUAUCUCCUCCUCCCAUUCCAGAAAGUUCACCACCACUGGAUGAUGAUGAUUACAUUCCGCAUCUAAGAAAAAAAGAUAAAGGAAUGAAUUCUUCUACUCCAAAAAGAAAUUCUGACCAAUACUUUAACAGGAAUCAAAACGACCCUAGAACAGGUAUUGAUGGCAGAACGAGCUUCUUAUCUCUUAAAGAUUUGAAAGAUCACGACAUAUCAGCAUUUGGCUUUGCCAAUCUGGAAAUCAAUGAUAGCCUUAGUCACUUGUCAAGUAAUAGUGGGUCUUUGGCGUCCUUAACUCCUAACAGUCGAAGGCCAAUAUCAGAAGAGUUCAGCACUCCAACCGAAUAUGGACAAAUUCAAAACCUUCAGAGCGUGGAAAACUAUUUUGCAGGCUUAAAAAUGUCAGAAGACGUUUUGCUCGCUCAAAGAGAAAAUGCUAAUGAAAACGGUCAUGCCUACGAAAACUAUAUGUUGCCUCAAAGAAAACCUAUGGAAAAUCUAUCAUCUUUGACAAAUAGUCCUAGAAAAAAAUCGUUGCCUUCACCGACGUCUAUAGAUGACUUAAGACCAAGGUGUAGACCAGAAAGUAGCUGUUCAGUCUCAGCAGAAAUAAGUAGCUUUUUCGGUAAUUCUAAUAGGUCUACGCCAGUGAUUAGUAGCGUAGAUUUUUCUGGAAGCCAGAUUGAAUUACCACACGUUGUUCCCUAUUAUUAUUCAGAUUUGUCUGAAAACUUGUCCAACUUAGAAACAUCUCUAACCCUAAACAAUCAAAGAGAGAGUAUAAAUGGCAGUAAAAAAGAUAUAACACACAUCAUUAACCCAAUAAAAUGUUCUAGACGCGAUGAGGAGGAUAGUUUUAGUAAAGAUGCGGCACCUAGUACACUAGCCGAGGCUAGAUCUGUAUCAAUGGACUUUCUAAAUUUGACCGAUAAAUCAGAUAAUAUCGACAAAAAAAAUAUUUAUGAGUCAGAUACUUUAAAGCGUCGUAAAGAAGGGGAUGGUAUUGACAAUGACCCAAAAUCAAGAAAUUUUUAUCCCAAAAUAAAGCCAGAUAAGUUUGAUGAAAAUAUCAAGGGUGAGAAAAUUGUAAGAAAAUCUUAUUCAUUAGAAGGAUUACUAGAGAAUGUCCUAAAUGAAAAUAUUGCCAGUGAAACUAAUAGAGACCGUGAAACUGUUGAUAAUUUAGGUACAGAGGGCAGUUACCUCUGGGAGGAAGAUUCUGUAUGGAGAGAACAACUAAGGUCAGUAAGUCAAAGGCAUACAAAAUCGAUGGAUGAUCUGGAUUCAAUUGAUGUCGACAAUGAGUCAGCUCUCCAAAAAAAACCUGCAAGACCACUAACUCGUGAAGUAACCUAUGUCAAUGAUAUCCUUUUUAAGUCAAAUGAGUCCACUAAGAAAUCAGGAAAGUCAUCAAAAAUCGAAAUUAAAAAGAAAGGUAGUUUUUUGAUAGAUAGAGAGACUUUAAGGCAAUGGGAUUUGAUGUCCAGCGCACCAUCAGAUGACCAAAUAUCAAAAGUGGUGGAUGCGCAGGGGAGUCAAGUUCAUGCGGUGGUAGACUCGGGUGAAGGUAGUACCGACACUGGCGAAAAUGGAAACAAUCCGGAAACAGCCUCGGGAUCGAUUUCGAUCAACACCAGGGACUCGACUUUAGGAAGAGAUACUUUUCCGAGAGGGAUGACUCCAAAAAGAAGCGAAACCCCUAACUCACAAAAUGUUCAGUCAAGGAGUACCACCAACUUAGACAAAUCAACCAUUAGAUCCUAUGAUAAAAAUAUUGCCAAUUAUCCAUCCCAAUGGAUCAACCAAUCAAACCAACAAAUUUGCGAUCGAGAACAAGACUUUAGAGCAUCACAAAACGAUAUUACAUCCAAGAGCAACGUAUCCGCUGGCGAACUUCUGGAAAGAACGCACGAAGAACUUGUUUUACUAUUGAUCCAACUUCGGCGUCAACAAGCCCAAACUUUUCAGGCCAUAGAGAGCUGCUACAACGAAAUCGAUUCUCUACAGAUUCACAUGCAUAAUAUGGAUCAAGUAAAACGCAUGGAGAACCUUCAAAAGUUGGAAAGGAUUAAGCAAAACCUUCUUGAGUUAGAGAAACAAUAUGAGAAGCGUAAACCGUUAGUUAACCUAGUGGAUAACAUGGUCAAAUUAGGAUCUUUAUACAGAAAUAGCAAUGAACGUCCAGAUACCUCUAGACAUCUCAGAGAACGCUUAGAGUUUAACCAACACAUACAAGAGCGACGGCUCCUAGCCGAAGAAAGAAGAGACUGGAACAGAAUAGAGCCAAGUCAUAUUCAAUUACAAGAAAAAGUCAGACAGCUCUACCAACUUGAUAGUCUAAUACAAGAAGAGUCUCGCAAUUUGCACAACCUCCAAAGGGACAAAGGGGAUAUAGAACGGGCACUUGGAGGACUUAGAAAUAAGUUGCAAAAGGGACUUAAUACCCCAGAGGAAAUCGACCAAGCUAGAAGACAGCAAUAUAUUUUAGAAAACGAACUUAGUAGAGUGCAUUUAAUGUUGGCUCAUAAUUCUAAGAAGCUAGAGGAAACAGUAGCUGGGAACGCCAGAUUAGAACAAGAACUAUUGGUGUUGAAGCAAAAGCUUCAGGCUUCUAGACAGCAGAGGAGUUCACCCCAAUUUUCAAAUGCUGGGGAUAGCUUACCAUAUUUCACCGGUUCUAGUCAAGUUUUAGAAUCUGAUUUGGAAAAAGUACAAAAGAAAAUUGGAGAUCUUCAGAAGCAACGUGACGAACUAAGUCUACAAGUAAGGCAACUUACUGACAGGUCUAAUACUCCACAUUUGCAACAGGCCAAGAUUUCCUUUUCCAGUGAUAGUCAAUGCAAUAAUGCCAAUAAAAAGAAACCUAUAUCUUCCUGGCGAGAAACAGACUUGGACACCAUGAACUCCAUAGACCAUGGUUACGAUAGCUACUCUAGUACCUCUACAACUCCUCUUUUUAUCAACACUGACAUGAAGUUAUAUUCUGGGGAUGCCCAUGAUAGAAGUAUGAAAACUAGCGAUUCGACGAGCGAUGAUACUGCUUUAUCAUCCAAUCCGUUAGAAAAACCAGAAAUUAAGACAGUGAGGAUAGUAAAAAGGGAAUCAGAGCGUAGGCAAAGGGACAGGGAGAAGACAUUCAAUGGAAAGUGUGACCCGUUGGUGGAAGAAGAUUCUUCUGAAGGAUCUUCGGUACUUUUCAGGCCAACAUCCUUGCCGCAAAAACUACCGGUAUCAUAUGAACACAAUUCUUUGCCUAGUAGAGGUACGAGAAAUAAGGCUGCUGAGCUUAGCCCGGUGUUUAAGAGUGAAGCUGCCAGACAGAUUAUCACAGAAAUGUCAACUAAAUCAAAAAGUCCAUCAGCACAAAAUCAGCGUAGAGCAAUACCAAAAGAACGUAGAAGACAUCAUACUGCACCCCAUGACAAUCUUGUUUUCUUGGGUAAUCUUGAAGGUCGAAGAGCGAGAGAUGAUCUUGAUAUCGAGCGAGCCUUAAGGCAAAGAAUCGAUGCUCCCGAUCUUGUUCGAUCGACUUUAAGCAACAAGGAGUUGAAGUACAAUGAAGAGACAAUCGAUAGUAUUUUGAGUACACCUAACAAAAUUUUAAUUCCUGAGAGGUAUAUUCCAGAGCAAUUACCUCAACCGAACACAUCUCGUGAGAGUAAAAGAAAGAAGAAGGUGGAAAGUAUCAAGAAGAUGCUUUCCGAUACUGCUAUUAUCAGUGCUCCUACCACUUCGUCUGCCCAUACUGACGAGCAAUCUCUUGAUAAGAAGCCUAGUCCUAGCGGAAAAUUUCAAUCAGCGCCUACGAUUUCGGAAGAGAAAAAACAGAGAGAGCACUUGCUGCAACUAAACCAGAUUUUAGCAAAGCAAGUUAUGGAAAUGAGCAAAGUAGUGGCAGGCAGCACUGAAGCAGACUCAUAGCAGUUGAUAUCUGAGUAUGGAUUAGAUGACUAAUAGUUAAAAAUUUAACAGCCCUCAAAUUGAAUCCACAACCAGUCAGUACCGAAGAAGACGAUUCAUCACCGAUAGCUCCACUGCCGCUGUACCAGCAACGUGAAAAUUUUUACAGCUAAGUUUUGUAUCAAUAUAAUUUAAAAAUUGCUCUUUUAUUGUUAAUAGUACCGCAAGCUAAUAGCAAUUUGAGCGUUCAAAAGUCCUGGCGAUAAGAAAAGUUCUCGUAAAGUAGUUGGGGAACCUCUUGACUGAGUUUGUUCAGUUAAAUUAUAUUAUUCUUGAGACUGAAAUUAACUUAUGGGGGGAUAUGCCAUGUAUGCAAAAACAAUAAACUUUUUUUUUAUGUUUUUUAA